AUGUGGCGGCAGUCGUUUAUGCGGCUGUGCAAGGGCGCGGCGGCGGCGGGUGUUAAUGGUGGUGGGGCUCGUGCGAUGGCGGAGCUUGAAAGGAAAACGGAGGAUAUUUUCUCAAUCCGCAGGGCUCCGAAGAGUUUGUACGAGGACUGCAUGCACAGCAACACCCUCACCGACCACCCGCUGACGCACCGAACCAGUCGCGAUGAACUCGCGUAUCGCAAGCGUAAGCUGACGGAGAGAGGAAACUACGAACAGGCAGCCAAGGCAGAGGAGGAAGCGGAGCAUCGUGACAGCGAAGGCCGUGCUGGGGCUGAGACGCGAGAAUAUUAUAGUGCCAUUUGCGUUGUGGUGAUUGGCUACCUCACCGCACACAGCGUUGUGUUCAAAAGGUUUUACCCUGACGAUCUCCGGCCGUAUUAUUCGCCGGAUCGCGGGUACUCGGACGACGUCGCGGCACGACGUCAAGCUCUGGAGGCCGUGGACGAGCGUAUAGGUCUGAAUGUGAUGGAAAGUAUCUACAGCAAGCACAAAGAGAACAUAAAGCGUCAACUGGCGUGA